UUUAUACUGUCACCAAUGCAACUUCCUGGUGUGAUUUUGUCGGGGGAACGCAACACUGCAUCAAAGAUGGCUUAUUAUCGACCAACAUUUUGUUCAUUAAGGAUUAACAUUGUAAAAGAAUAAGAGAUAUAUUGCACGAAAAGAAGGCGGAGAGCCGGUGGUAGUUGUCGCGAGCAGUGUUAACACUCUCGUCGCACUACGCACCCAUUGCUCUCUCCUUUCGCUAACUUGUCCCCACUGUGCUAGCUAGCUAGUUAGCUCACAUAGUAAAUAUUAGCUAGCCUAGCUAGCUUACUGAUUGCUAAAAUGGCCACCAUGGAGAAAUUGAUGAAGGCCUUUGAGUCUCUGAAGUCAUUCCAGCAGCAACAGGGACCACCGACCGCCGAGGAGCUUGUCCAGAGGCAGAAAAAGGAACAGGCUACCACAAAGAAGGACAGGGUCACCCACUGCCUGACAAUUUGUGAAAACAUUGUGGCUCAGUCUCUGAGAACGUCUCCAGAGUUUCAGAAACUGCUGGGCAUUGCCAUGGAGAUGUUCCUGCUCUGCAGUGAUGACAGUGAAUCAGAUGUCCGGAUGGUAGCCGAUGAGUGCCUGAACAAAAUCAUCAAAGCACUGAUGGACUCCAACCUGCCUAGACUGCAGCUGGAGCUGUAUAAAGAAAUUAAAAAGAACGGUGCCUCUCGGAGUUUGAGGGCAGCUUUGUGGAGGUUUGCUGAGCUUGCGCAUCUCAUUAGACCUCAGAAAUGCAGACCCUACCUGGUUAACCUGUUGCCAUGCCUCUCCCGAAUCACCAAGCGGCAGGAGGAGACCGUACAGGAGACUCUGGCUGCCGCAAUGCCCAAGAUCAUGGCCGCCUUGGGACACUUCGCCAAUGAUGGCGAGAUCAAGGUGCUGCUGAAGUCAUUUGUGGCCAACCUGAAGUCCAGCUCCCCCACCAUCAGACGGACGGCAGCCAGCUCAGCCGUCAGUGUGUGCCAACACUCCAGACGCAGCAGCUACUUCUACACCUGGCUCCUUAAUGUGCUGCUGGGUCUGCUGAUUCCAGUGGAUGAGGAGCACCCCAGCCACCUAAUUCUGGGGGUGCUGUUAACCCUUCGCUACCUGAUGCCUCUGCUGCAGCAGCAAGUGAACACCACCAGCCUCAAAGGAAGCUUUGGAGUCAUGAGGAAGGAGGCUGAUGUACAGCCAACACCUGAACAACUGCUACAGGUGUACGAGCUGACCUUGCACUACGCACAGCACUGGGAUCACAAUGUGGUCACGGCAGCUCUGGAGCUCCUGCAGCAGAUGUUCAGGACUCCCCCACCAGAGCUUCUGCACAUGCUCAUCACCGCAGGCAGCAUUCUACAUGGCACCGUGUUCCGCCAGGACACUGAGAGCCGCGCGCGCUCCGGCAGCAUCCUCGAGCUCAUUGCAGGUGGAGCUUCUUCCUGCAGUCCACUCCUUCUCAGGAAACCGAGAGGUAAAAUGCUCUCUGGGGAGGAGGAUGGGUUGGAGGAUGACGCUGAGAGAACAGAGGUCACCGCUGGUGCCUUCACAGCGGCAGUUGUUGGUGCAGAAGGCUCCUCCGCAGCCCAGGUGGACAUCAUCACAGAGCAGCCGCGCUCCUCCCAGCAUACCCUGCAGCCUGGAGACUCAGUGGACCUCAGUACCUCCUCAGAGCAGGGCGGCGGCGGAGGCGGGACAUCUGCAUCAGACACUCCUGAGUCGCCCAACGACAACGAGGAGGAAAUGCUGAGUCGGAGCUCCAGUGGUGGGGCCAACGUUACUCCAGAGACGGCUGACUACACUACACCAGAGAUGGAGGGAGGGCCCUUAGGUGCAGGUGGGACUCUGCUAGGCACUAACGAUCGCUCCCUUCCACCCAGCGACUCCUCCCAGACCACCACAGAGGGACCAGACUCCGCUGUCACCCCUUCGGACGUAGCAGAACUGGUGCUGGAUGGCAGUGAGAGCCUGUACUCUGGGAUGCAGAUCGGGACAUUGCAGGAUGAAGAAGAUGAAGGAGCAGCACCUUCCUCCCAAGAAGAACCCCCAGAACCAUUCCUGCAGUCAGCCCUGGCUCUGAGCAAGCCUCAUCUCUUUGAUGGCCGAGGUCACAACCGGCAGGGUUCAGACGGCAGUGUGGACCGCUUCAUAACAAAGGACGAACCUGCUGAACCCGAACCUGACAGCAAGCCAUCACGGAUAAAGGGUCCGAUCGGACAUUAUACAGACCAGGGGGUGGAGCCACUGGUGCACUGUGUAAGGCUUCUUGCAGCUUCAUUCUUACUGACCGGACGAAAAAAUGGUCUGACCCCUGACAAGGAGGUGCGAGUGAGCGUGAAGGCCCUGGCAGUCAGCUGUGUUGGGGCAGCAGCAGCGCUGCAUCCUGAAGCCUUCUUUAAUUCCCUCUACUUGGAGCCGCUGGAUGGCAUUCCAAUAGAAGAGCAGCAGUAUAUCACUGACAUCCUGGGUCUCAUCGACCAUGGGGACCCCCAGAUCAGAGGUGCCACAGCCAUCCUCUGUGCAGCCAUCAUACAAGCCGCACUCACCAAAACACGUUACAACAUACACACCUGGCUGGCCAGUGUGCAGAGUGCAACAGGUAACCCUCUGUCCCUGGUGGACUUGGUGCCUUUGCUCCAGAAAACUCUGAAAGAUGAAUCUUCCGUCACCUGCAAGAUGGCUUGCUCUGCAGUGAGGCACUGCAUCAUGACUGUGUGCAGCAGUACCUUGAGCGAGCAUGGCCUGCAGUUGCUGAUAAACCUUCUUGCUCUGAGGGACUCGUCCUAUUGGCUUGUUCGCACUGAGCUCUUGGAGACCCUGGCUGAGAUGGACUUCCGGUUAGUUAAUUUCCUGGAGAGGAAAACUGAGACUUUGCACAAAGGGGAUCAUCACUACACUGGGCGGCUGCGGCUACAGGAGAGAGUCCUGAAUGAUGUGGUCAUCUGUCUGUUGGGAGAUGAUGACCCCAGAGUCCGACAUGUGGCAGCAUCUGCUGUCAGCAGGCUAGUUUCCAGGUUGUUCUAUGAUUGUGACCAGGGUCAAGUGGACCCAGUAGUGGCUAUUGCCCGGGACCAGAGUUCAGUCUACCUGCAGCUGCUGAUGCAUGAGACCCAACCCCCCUCCCAGUUCACAGUUAGUACAAUCACAAGGACGUACAGAGGCUACAACUUGUCCAACAAUGUGUCGGAUGUGACAAUCGAGAACAAUUUGUCCAGAGUCGUCACUGCCGUCUCCCAUGCUUUCACCUCCUCUACCUCCAGGGCCCUGACUUUUGGCUGCUGUGAGGCCUUGUCCCUCCUGGCUUUAAAUUUCCCAGUGUGCACUUGGAGUACAGGCUGGCACUGUGGCUAUGUCAGCUCCAGUAGCAGCUUUUCUUCCCGCUCUAGUCUCAACCGCAGCAGGGGCAGGGCCCUCAGUGUGUCACAGCCAUGUAGUGCUCCAGCCUCUUCAACCUCCUCAUCUGCAUCAGACACCGAGCGGAGGACUCUGACCGUAGGAAUGGCCAACAUGGUCCUAUCCUUACUGUCUUCUGCUUGGUUUCCACUGGAUCUCUCUUCACACCAGGAUGCACUUUUGCUUUCUGGCAAUCUGCUUGCUGCUGUGGCUCCUAAAUGCAUGCGCAACCCCUGGGCUGGAGAGGAAGACGGCACCAGUGGUAGCACAAACACCAGCGGAGGCCCAAAUAAGAUGGAGGAACCCUGGGCAGGGUUGUCUGAGCGCUCCCUGGUGGCCAUGUUGGAGCAACUCUUCUCUCACCUACUGAAGAUCCUCAACAUCUGUGCCCAUGUGCUGGAUGACACGCCACCUGGACCAGCGGUUAAGGCCACCCUCCCCUCCUUGAGCAACACCCCCUCCCUCAGUCCCAUCCGGAGAAAAGGCAAGGAGAAGGAUGUCGCUGAGCCCAGUGCUGCCCCAAUGAGCCCAAAGAAAAGUAAUGAGGUCAACACAGGCAGGCCAGCAGAAAGCACUGGGUCAACAGCUGUGAACAAAUCUACCACCCUUGGCAACUUCUACCACCUUCCACCCUACCUCAAGCUCUAUGAUGUCCUUAAAGCUACACAUGCCAACUACAAGGUAACACUGGACCUCCACAGUAGCCAGGAGAAGUUUGGAGGUUUCCUGCGUGCCACUCUAGAUGUUCUAUCCCAGCUCCUGGAGCUGGCCACACUACAUGACAUCAGCAAGUGUGUGGAGGAAAUCUUAGGCUACCUUAAGUCCUGCUUCUCCAGGGAACCAACCAUGGCUACAGUUUGUGUACAACAGCUGUUGAAGACCCUGUUUGGCACCAACCUGGCCUCUCAGUGCGAGGGCAUCCUGAGUGGACCCAGCCGUUCCCAGGGCAAGGCCCUCCGUCUUGGAUCGUCCAGUCUGCGACCAGGCCUCUACCACUACUGCUUCAUGGCGCCGUACACUCACUUCACUCAGGCUCUCGCCGAUGCCAGUCUCCGUAACAUGGUGCAGGCUGAACAGGAGCACGACACCUCUGGAUGGUUUGAUGUGAUGCAAAAAGCUUCAAACCAGCUGAGGUCCAACAUUGCAAAUGCUACACGCAACAGAGGAGACAAGAAUGCCAUCCACAACCACAUUCGUCUGUUUGAGCCGCUGGUGAUCAAAGCUUUAAAGCAGUACACUACCAGCACGUCUGUGGCCCUGCAGAGACAAGUGCUGGACCUGCUUGCUCAACUUGUUCAGCUUAGGGUCAACUACUGCCUGCUGGACUCGGAUCAGGUGUUCAUAGGCUUUGUCCUGAAGCAGUUUGAGUACAUUGAAGUGGGACAGUUCAGGGAUUCGGAGGCCAUCAUUCCCAACAUAUUUUUCUUCCUGGUUCUGUUGUCAUAUGAGCGUUACCACUCCAAGCAGAUAAUCAGCAUCCCCAAGAUCAUUCAGCUGUGUGACGGCAUCAUGGCGAGCGGCAGGAAAGCGGUCACACAUGCCAUCCCGGCCUUGCAGCCAAUAGUCCACGACCUGUUUGUGUUGAGGGGCUCUAACAAAGCAGAUGCAGGCAAAGAGCUGGAUACACAGAAAGAAGUGGUGGUCUCCAUGCUGCUCAGACUUGUGCAACACCAUCAGGUGUUGGAGAUGUUCAUCCUUGUACUGCAGCAGUGUCACAAAGAGAACGAGGACAAGUGGAAGAGAUUGUCCAGGCAGAUUGCUGACGUCAUACUUCCCCUGAUUGCUAAGCAGCAGAUGCACCUGGACUCUCCGGAGGCGUUGGGAGUGUUGAACACUCUGUUUGAGACUGUGGCGCCCUCCUCCCUCAGACCUGUAGACAUGCUGCUCAAGAGUAUGUUCACCACCCCGGUCACCAUGGCAUCAGUAGCUACAGUCCAGCUGUGGGUGUCUGGUAUCCUGGCAGUGCUCAGGGUACUUAUCUCCCAGUCCACUGAGGACAUUGUCCUGUCACGGGUCCACGAACUCUCCCUCACCCCGCAUCUCCUCUCCUGCCACACAAUCCGUCGCCUGCAUCAGCAGAGCCCCUACCCAUGUGACCCACCCACUGCCGACGAACUCGGCAUCCGGGAAGCUAAUGGCGAGGCACAAAAAGCCGUGCCUGAGGAAACCUUUGCCAGGUUUCUGCUCCAGCUGGUAGGAGUGUUGCUGGAUGACAUUUCCUCCAGACAGGUUAAAGUGGACAUUACAGAGCAGCAACACACUUUCUACUGCCAGCAGCUGGGCACACUGCUCAUGUGUCUCAUACAUGUCUUCAAAAGUGGGAUGUUUCGCAGGAUCACGGCUGCAGCGACCCGUCUCCUGAAGGGGGAGGGUGGAGGUGGACAGACGAGCACCGAGGCCGGCCUGUUUUACCCCUUAGAGGGUCUGAACAGCAUGGUGCAGUGCCUGAUCACCACCCACCCCUCCUUGGUGCUGCUGUGGUGCCAGGUCCUCCUCAUCAUCGACUACACCAACUACUCCUGGUGGGCUGAGGUGCACCAGACACCCAGGAGACAUAGCCACUCGUGCACAAAGCUGCUGAGCCCUCACUCCUCAGGGGAAGGAGAAGAGGAAAAGCCUGAGACUCGGUUAGCUAUGGUCAACCGAGAGAUUGUACGCAGGGGAGCCCUCAUCCUCUUCUGUGACUAUGUGUGUCAGAACCUUCAUGACUCGGAGCAUCUGACCUGGCUGAUUGUCAACCACGUGCGUGACCUCAUCAACCUUUCCCAUGAGCCUCCAGUGCAAGAUUUCAUCAGCGCUGUGCACCGCAACACAGCUGCCAGUGGUCUCUUCAUCCAGGCCAUCCAGUCCCGCUGUGACAACCUCAGUACUCCUAACAUGUUGAAGAAGACUCUGCAGUGUUUGGAAGGCAUCCACCUGAGUCAGUCUGGCUCCCUGCUGAUGCUGUAUGUGGACAAGCUGCUCAGUACACCCUUCAGGGUUCUAGCUCGCAUGGUGGACACACUGGCCUGUCGCAGGGUAGAGAUGCUGUUGGCUGAGACACUACAGAACAGUAUAGCUCAGCUGCCUGUGGAGGAACUAGACAGGAUCCAGGAAUACCUCCAGACCAGUGGCCUGGCUCAGAGGCAUCAGAGGUUCUACUCCCUGCUGGACAGGUUCAGAGCCACUGUCGCCGACACCAGCAGCCCCACACCUCCUGUGACAUCACACCCAUUAGACGGGGAUCCACCACCUUCCCCUGAGCUGGUCAUUGCAGAUAAGGAGUGGUACGUGGCUCUGGUGAAGUCUCAGUGUUGUCUUCGUGGAGAUGUUUCCCUGUUGGAGACGACGGAACUCCUCACCAAACUACCUCCCACUGACCUCUUUAACAUCAUGAGCUGCAAGGAGUUCAACCUAAGCCUGCUGUGCCCAUGCCUAAGUAUGGGCAUGCAGCGGUUAGCACGGGGUCAGGGGGCGCUCUUGUUGGAGACGGCCUUGCAGGUGACCCUAGAGCGGCUCGCAGGAGUCACCGGGUCACUUCCUGUCCCACACCAGUCCUUCCUGCCACCCGCCCAGCCUCAGCCCUACUGGAGCCAACUGGCUGAAGUGUAUGAUGAGCCAAGUUUCUACCCCAGGGUUUUGUCGCUCUGCAGAGCUCUGUCCCAGUACCUGCUGAGUGUAAGCCAGCUGCCUCCAUCACUACAUAUCCCCUCUGACAAGGAACACCUCAUCACCACUUUCACCUGCACUGCCACGGAGGUUGUAGCGUGGCAUCUCCUCCAGAACCAGUUGCCCCUGAGUGUGGACCUGCAGUGGGCUCUGUCCUGCCUGUGUCUGGCCCUGCAGCAGCCCUGCGUGUGGAACAAGCUCUCCACCCUAGAGUACGCUACACAAACCUGCUCCCUCAUUUACUGCCUACGCCUGAUUAUUGUUGCAGUGGCUGUUAGUCCUGGUGACCAGCUUCUGCAUCCAGAGAAGAAAAAAAUGAAGGCAGAGCGAGACGCCGAAGGAGAUGAAGUGGACUCGGCACAUGCUGACCACCUGUGUGAGUGGCAAGCAUGUGAGAUCAUGGCGGAGCUGGUGGACGGCCUGCAGAGCAUCCUUUCCCUUGGUCACCAUAGAAACAGUGCAUUCCCCGCCUUUCUCACACCAACCUUACGCAACAUUGUCAUCAGUCUGUCCCGACUGCCUCUGGUCAACAGCUACACCCGAGUACCUCCACUGGUUUGGAAACUGGGCUGGUCCCCUCAGCCAGGAGGAGAGUACGGCACAACGCUGCCUGAGAUCCCGGUCGACUUCCUGCAGGAAAAGGAUGUCUUCAGAGAGUUCCUCUACCGCAUCAACACACUGGGCUGGAGCAGCAGGACUCAGUUUGAGGAGACCUGGGCCACACUGCUGGGGGUGCUGGUCACUCAACCCAUAACUAUGGACCAGGAGGAGGAGACUCAGCAGGAGGAGGACUUGGAGCGUACCCAGUUGAAUGUGUUGGCAGUGCAGGCCAUCACCAGCCUGGUGCUGAGUGCCAUGACUCUGCCCACUGCUGGCAACCCUGCAGUCAGCUGUCUGGAACAGCAGCCCCGCAACAAGAGCCUCAAAGCCCUAGAAACACGGUUUGGGAGGAAACUUGCAGUGAUCAGGGGCGAGGUGGAGCGAGAGAUUCAGGCUCUUGUGUCUAAGAGGGACAAUGUUCAUACACACCAUCCGUACCACGCCUGGGAUCCUGUACCCUCGCUGUUGGCAGCCUCAGCUGCAGGCACGCUGAUCAGCCAUGAGAAGCUGCUACUUCAGAUCAACACAGAGAGGGAGAUGGGCAACAUGGACUACAAACUGGGACAGGUCUCCAUUCACUCAGUGUGGUUAGGUAACAACAUCACCCCAUUGAGGGAGGAAGAGUGGGGUGAGGAUGAAGAAGAUGAAGCAGACACUCCAGCCCCCACCUCCCCACCCAUAUCUCCCAUCAACUCUAGGAAGCAUCGUGCAGGCGUGGACAUUCAUUCGUGUUCCCAGUUUCUGCUGGAGCUCUACAGCCAGUGGCUGAUCCCCGGCUCCCCGAGUAACCGGAGGACCCCGACCAUCCUCGUCAGUGAAGUGGUUCGAUCGCUGCUGGCGGUGUCGGACCUGUUCACAGAGCGGAACCAGUUUGACAUGAUGUUCUCCACCCUGAUGGAACUGCAGAAGCUCCACCCGCCAGAGGAUGAGAUCCUCAAUCAAUACCUGGUGCCUGCCAUCUGCAAGGCUGCUGCCGUUCUGGGCAUGGACAAAGCAAUAGCGGAGCCUGUGUGUCGCCUGUUGGAGACCACCCUGCGCAGCACCCACCUGCCCAGCCGCAUGGGGGCCCUACAUGGAGUGCUGUAUGUGUUGGAGUGUGACUUGCUGGAUGACACCGCCAAACAGCUCAUUCCCACCGUCUCUGAGUACCUUCUGUCCAACCUCCGGGCUAUCGCUCACUGUGUGAACCUGCAUAACCAGCAGCAUGUGUUGGUAAUGUGCGCAGUGGCUUUCUACAUGAUGGAGAACUACCCUCUGGAUGUAGGAGCUGAGUUUAUGGCUGGAAUUAUACAGUUGUGUGGUGUGAUGGUGUCGGCCAGCGAGGACGCCACUCCCUCCGUCAUCUAUCACUGUGUGCUGCGCGGUCUGGAGCGCCUCCUGCUGUCAGAGCAGUUGUCCCGUGUGGACGGAGAAGCGCUGGUCAAACUCAGCGUGGACCGAGUCAACAUGCCGUCGCCACACAGAGCCAUGGCUGCCCUGGGCCUCAUGCUCACCUGCAUGUACACUGCGGUGCUUGCGUCGGGUUCAGACGUGACAGGGGUUAGAGGUCAGGUUGACUCUGGCUCUGCCGUAGCAGAGGCGGUGGGCGUCACGGCAGGUCAUGUUGGUUUCUCCUCAGGCAAGGAGAAAGCCAGCCCUGCCGGUCGCCCCGCCCACUCUGACCCUCAGGCCCCAGACAGCGAGUCGAUCAUUGUUGCCAUGGAGAGGGUCUCUGUGCUCUUCGACAGGAUCCGGAAAGGUUUACCUAGCGAAGCUCGGGUGGUGUCCAGGAUUCUGCCCCAGUUUCUGGACGACUUCUUCCCGCCACAGGAUGUCAUGAACAAGGUCAUCGGCGAGUUCCUGUCCAAUCUGCAACCUUACCCACAAUUCAUGGCCACUGUCGUCUACAAGGUUUUUCAGACACUUCAUGCAACAGGCCAGUCGUCUAUGGUGCGAGACUGGGUGCUGCUGUCCUUGUCCAACUUCACUCAGCGGACCCCAGUGGCCAUGGCCAUGUGGAGCCUCUCCUGUUUCUUUGUCUCUGCAUCCACCUCCCAGUGGAUCUCAGCCCUACUGCCACACGUGAUCAGCCGUAUGGGCUCUAGUGAGGUGGUGGACGUCAACCUGUUCUGUCUGGUGGCCAUGGACUUCUACCGGCACCAGAUUGACGAGGAGCUGGACCGCAGGGCCUUCCAGUCCGUCUUUGAGACGGUGGCCUCACCAGGCAGCCCUUAUUACCAGCUGCUGGGCUGUCUGCAGUCAAUCCACCAGGACACAUCACUCUGAGGGCAACAGGCUGAGGUGGCCAUGAAGGCACAGAGAGAGGCCGGGGGGAGUGAGGCGCGGGGGAGAAAAGUAGAUUAGAGAGAAACGUGGUAGGGCGAGAAAUUAGAUCUCCAUAUACAGCUCCCCCUUGAGUAAUUACGGAGGGGAAGAACAGACGGUUUCAUUAGAAAAAUCUACUGCAGCCUCAUCCCUUUCCCUCUACACCGAUGUGAAAUGAGUAGAACAAAUAAAGGCACCAUGAUGGAUUCAGUGGAGCAAGCUAAAGAAAAACCAAGGGGAGAUCUGAAUCCAAGUCAGUUUUAGGACAUAUGGUAAAUGGAAAAGAACUGUUUGAAAAGUGCCCCUUUUUAUAUGAAGGACACUGGCUGCAAAGCCUUCAAACUGGUUCCACCCCCCCACCAC